CUUAUAAUAAUAGGAAAAUAAUUUAGCCUACUUUUAAAGUUGUAAACACAGUAAGAUAAAUGUCAAUUAUUCGCUGGGACCUGUACUUUUCUAUUCAUUUACAGUACUCAUUUGACAAUAUUUAAGAAAGCGUUUCUCGAUCUAGAAUCUAGAUCUAGAUAGAUCUAGAUAUCUACUUCGCAAUGGACGUUGGCCUACGUUUUAAUUAGAGCGUAUGAGUAACGCAUGGACAGUUCAGUGUAAUCCUUCACUUUGCUUGCAAGUUCCGGGAACGAACAAGUGAACCCAUAUAGGGUCAGGUUAACGGAAACAUUUUUGGUGUCGGUCCGAUCUCUGUGUAAUGUCUAGAUCUAUAUUUAGUUCCUUAUUCAUGUCGUAGGCUCUUCGUCCAAUGAUAGAAUGUGUGAAGGAAUAUAAAAAGAUGUCAAGUGGGUAUAGUUGCACUUCUUGAUUUAGAUUGGUACCUCUCUCUUGAACUUGAGACAACUGCACUGGCACAACACUAGGCCUAAUUAACACGGAUCUAUUCUUAAUUCAAGUAGGCCUACAGUAUAGAAACUACGCUGUACUCUCCAGAUUUGUAUUUUUAAAAAAAGACUCAAAACAUUCUAACAUCAAGUUGAUUGAAAUUUAAGAAUGGCUUCUGCGACGUCCGAAGGUUCAGCAGCCUCCCCAAGCAUUACGAAGGAGGAUGUCAAAUUGCCUUGCAAACAAGACAAGCUUGCCUUUGUGCUGUAUAAUGUUCUCACACCACAGGAAUGUAAGGAACUCAUUGACAAGACAGAGAAGAAGGGUUAUGAAUUGGCUCUGGUCAACACUGGAUUUGGAAGACAAAAAGCAAUGACUGACAUCAGAAACAGUAGUCGCUGUAUCAUAGACUCUGAGGAGUAUGCGACGGAGCUUUGGCGACGGAUCAAGGAUUUCGUACCCCCUGUAUUCAAAGGGAGGAAAGUGCUGGGACUGAAUGAAAGGCUCCGUUACCUUCGCUACGACAAGGGGGAAUACUUCAAACCACACUACGACGGCGUCUACAUUCGAGAGAAUGGAGAAAGAAGUUGCAUCACAUUUCAGCUUUAUCUAAAUGAGGGUUUUCAAGGCGGAGCUACAAAUUUCCUUGGUUCCAAUUUCGAAGUUGAACCAGUCGUACCAAAGACAGGGUCGGUCCUCAUCUUUCAGCACGAUAUCUUCCAUGAAGGGGAGGAGCUGAAGAAAGGUCGCAAGUACGCCAUGCGGACGGACGUCAUGUACUCGGCGGAGCGUAGCUAUGGCAACGAGGGGACUCCUGUUUAACAUUGACAACACGCUGCCCUAAAAGUACAAAGUUCUAUCUGCUCAGUUCUUAGUUUGGAGAAAUUUGCCGUAAAAAAUUUUUAGUUUCACAAAGCUGUCCCUGAAGAAUUAUGCAAAUUUAGAUGGCAAAAUUAUGC